AAGCAUCAGAGUGUCACCUUGACGGCCGCUGCUAUGAACUUCGGUGAGAUCCACCAUUGAGAAAACUUUCCAACCUAUUUGAGGCCUUCCAAGGAAAAGAAGCAUCUUAUUACAACUCAUCUCGAGCGUACAUAAGCUUCAGCCAUGUGGGGCGGCCGCUUCACGAAGCGCGACAGGGUGGACGUGCGCCACCACCGCGGCAGGGGCAUCGCGAGCGGCGACGUGCAGGCGCUCAGCGACACCAAGUGGCGCGUCCAGAGCCAAGCGGGCCAGGGCUCCUACAAGGUCUACCUGGAGAACGACAGCUGCCCCAAGAGAUCGUGCCGGGAGUGGGACAAGUGCCACGCUGCGCGGUGCGGGGGUCUGUGCGCGCACAUGUACCGCUGCACCUGCCCCGACGACAACACUUUGUGCAAGCACAUUCACAAAGUGAGGAUGCUGAGCGUCCGCUCCGACCGGACGGACGCGCAACGGGCAUCCGCAUCGAGGCAAGACCGGCGUUGGCGUCGCAGAGCCAGGGUGCAACGCAAGGUGCGAAGGGCAAAGGCCGCGCUCAAGGAAAUCGGCCACUACCUGGACUCUUUCAGCACCGAGGCUCUGGAUGGAGUCAUUGGGACCGCAGCCCGCAAGCUCGACGGCAUCUGUUCCCAAGUCUUCAGUCACUGCGAUGAAUUUGAAAGGCAAGAGGGCGGUGAUGCGGAGACCGACGACGAUAGUGACGAUGACGGUGACGAUGAUGAGGACAGUGGUGAAGAUAGCGAUGAUACUGACGACGACGAUGAUGAUAGUGAUGACGACAGUGAUGAUAGUGACGAAUGAAGGACUUAGCAAGGCUUCUGCCAGGGUUGAAUCGAAUCACAAUCCAGAUUGUUUAAUUAGUAUUCGACUGGUUUACACUUGCUUUACUCCUUGACUAAUAUGCUAUUCCGACUUGCUGGAUUUAAUAUUACUAUCAAUAAAAGUCUCUUAAAGUGUU